AUGACGUGUAUCUGUCACACGCUUACAUUGCCUUCUGUACCGAAACCUGAGUUCAUCUUCACUCCUUUGAACGAAUCUCACAUCCAAGCUGCUGUAAUUUGCUCAAAACAUCUUGGAAUCCACAUUAGAGUCCGUAGAGGAGGUCAUGACUAUGAGGGAGUCUCUUAUGUUUCUGAAAUUGAAACUCCUUUCAUUGUUGUAGACAUUACUCAGUUUCGUUCUAUUAGCGUUGAUAUAAAUGAUAAUAGCGUAUGGGUUCAGGCAGGUGCCACUAUAAUUGAUUCUCGUGGAAGAGUUCUUGAUCGGAAGGCCAUGGGGGAAGAUCUUUUUUGGGCAAUUAGUGGAGGUGGAGGAGGCAGCUUUGGAAUCAUUACUGCCUGGAAGGUCAAAUUGGUUCCUGUAACAUCAACCGUGACAGUGUUUACUGUUUCUAAGACCUUAGAGCAAUGGAUUGCGUUGAAGCAAGCUGGAUCAUCAGUUCUGCAGUAUAUUUGGCUGGCUAUUCCACUGCCACUCCUGAAAUUUUACUUCAAAGAAACAGAACCUUCAGCACCUGCUUCAAAGCCAAAUCAGAUCGCGCCAAAGAAGCCAUUCCUGAAACUGCACUUGAAGGGUUGUGGCAAAGAGAAAGCCACAAAACAUAUUGACUGGAUUAGGAAGCUAUACGAUUACAUGGCCCCGUACGUCUCCAAGUCUCCAGGGGAAGCAUACAAAGCAACUUUUAACUCUUUGUUUCUUGGAAGAACUGAUCAGCUCCUUGAAAGAAUGGAGGAAAGUUUUCCUGACUUGGGCUUAAGGAGUAUAGAUUGUACUGAAAUGAGCUGGAUUGAGUCCAUCCUUUACUUCUCAGUGUACCCUGAAGGGGAAACUCUGGAAGCCCUUGUAAAUAGGAAACCCGAACCAAAAGGCUUCUUCAAGGCGACAACAGAUUUUGUUGAGCAUCCUAUAGCAGAGCCUGUUUUGGAAAAGCUAUGGAAUUGGUGUUUGGAAGAAGAGAAGCCGAUAUUGAUCAUGGAACCUUAUGGUGGAAGAAUGGAGGAAAUAUCAGAAGCAGAAACUCCAUUUCCGUAUAGAGAAGGAAUUCUGUACAACAUACAGUAUUUUGUCAAGUGGGAAGACGGGGACAAUAUCAUGUCAUCACAAAGGCACAUAAAUUGGAUAAGGUCCAUAUAUGAGAACAUGACACCAUAUGUGUCUAAGAAUCCAAGGGGUGCCUGCGUGAACUACAGAGAUUUGGAUUUGGGUAAGAAUGAUGAAGCUGCAAAAUGGGGUCAUAAGUAUUUCAAGAACAAUUUUGAGAGGCUGGAGAUUGUGAAGGGUAUGGUUGAUCCUUGCAAUUUUUUUGCUUAUGAACAAAGCAUACCAUUACCACCCCUCAAUUUGAGUGAAGGAAAGAGGGAAGUGGAAUGAAGAAAAAGAUGUUGCAUUCUAUAUGAAUUACAAUGCUAAUUAUUUUACUGCACAUCUUUGGCUUUUUUAUAUUUUGUUUCUUAUGUUGGAGAUUUAUAGGGUUGAGCA